GGAUCGACCAUCGGCCGUCGACCGUCGGCCGUCGGCCGUCGGCCGUCGGCAUUGGUCAGCGUAUCCGGCGCACAUUGGUCGUGUCGUACGAUGCGCUCGUAUCCGGUCGAAUGAUUCAAAACUGCAGAAUUCGGAUCCGGCGCACGAAUCUGUUAGUGGCGAUGCGAUUCAACGUGACUGUCGCGUGUCGAUUCUCCUGAGUCACGGUGCGUACUACCCGCCGAGUUCGCUGGCGAGAGAUCUUCCGCGAGUAGAGGUUAUUCUAGAAGCCAAAGGCCGCACGGGCUCAACGUCCGCCGAAUAGUCGCUGUCGAGUUCGGCACGCGGACGGUGGAUACCGUUCCCGCGUUGGCGUCGCUUCACGUCGCGUCGCGUCGCGUCUCACAUUUACGCAGUUGCGCGUGAUCGCGGACCGUUCGCGGAUCUUGCCUGAUCUUGUCGUUGUGCUUUCCGCCGACUGGCCGUGUUCGCUCGUGACGAGGAUGCCGUUCCGCGACGGGCCCGAAUUCAAAUCCUGUUAUUUUUUUUUUUUUUUUUUAAGACUGUCCUCCUUCGUGCAUCUUGUGUAGAAUGUGGAAAGCCUGGCAUUCGAUACAUAGUAUGGACUCGAAUGAAAAUCCGGCGAUCAUGAAGAGCCUGGAGGCCAGUACGAACAGUGAUUUCGAUACUCUGUCCGAGUUCGGCUUUCAAGCGCCUUUCGCGACGCAGGAUCGCUUGCCGAACGAGAAUGACGACACUUGUGGCACAAAGUAUACAACUCGCAACAAGAGUUUCCUGCUGUUCGACGAACAGGAGAAUUUACAGGUGUCCGACGUGGAGAAGUUCCUGAAGAAGUUAAAUUGCACGAAAAACGACACUAAAAUCAAAGUCGUAUCGAUAUUAGGUAAUGUAUGCAGUGGGAAGAGCCAUGCUAUGAAUCAAGUGUUUUUCAAGGGUGAGGAGAUAUUUCGAUCAUCGAACAAUUACAAUUGGUGUACGCCAGGCGUUUGGGCAGCCUUCGAUCCAGAUCAUAAUGUUAUUUGCUUGGAUACUGAAGGUUUGCUAGGUGUUAUAAAUUCUGAGAACAAACAUAUGAAAUUGCUGCUGAAAGUACUUGCAGUCUCCGAUGUUAUAAUUUAUGGAAUUCAAUCUGAGAGACUGAAUAGAGACUUGUUUAUAUUGUUGGGUACUGCGUCACGAGAAUACAAUCGUCAUUUUGAAACUGCCUUCCAAGAGAUAGAAGAGGAAACAUCAUUGAGAAUGCGUGGACCAAGUCUCAUAGUGCUGCAUGAAACCAGAUACACUACACCUUUGAUUAAUAAUGAAUCAGAAAGUGCGGAGGAUAUCCUGAGAACUAAAUUUAGACAGAUGAAUCUUGACAUUGAUGCUUUCAGUUCUAUUAAAUACGUCGGUUUACACAGGGUGACUGAUCCGCCGAAUUACAAACAAUUACGAUCUGCAAUUCAGGACGAGUUGAACAACUCAAUGAUUCGUUCAGCCAGAAAACCGCACUUAGUGUAUAAGAUACUUAAGAAUUUAAACGAUCACUUUUUUAACGAAAAGAAAACCAAAGCACUUUCCAAGCACUUAUUCCCAGAGUACUUCUCUUGCCCGGUUAAAUGCCGGAGCUGUGGUGACAGUUGCAAAUAUAGCAUAAGGCAUCUUCUUGAAGGAAAACCACAUAGUAGUAAUAACACGUGCGAAUUCCAAUGUGAGUAUGACAAUUCGAUAUAUGUAUGUAAGAGCUGUUAUAAGGACGGAAACGAAGUUGAGGUGACCAGACAGUAUUACAAGGAUAAUGAAAACUGGUUUACUCUUGCUAAAAAUAUCUGGUCGGGAUAUAUUAUAAAUUGUCCACACUGUGGUGAGAUAUAUAAAAGCAGACAAUACUGGUUUGGCAAUCCCGAGGAUGUCGCCAUAUGCAAAAAGAUCACGCACGUGUGGGGUAUAUCAAAUCGUUCUAUAAUCUCUCAGAACACAGCGCAACGAGUUGUCGAUAGCGUUUCAUACAUCACGGAAGCCGUCACGAAUGUUUCCCUGCAACCAACAAAAGCGCUGAAAGCCUGGGCCGCGGAUCAAGUAGCACCGUCUUAUUGGCGGCCGAACAGCGAGAUAAAACAUUGCCAUCAGUGCAAACACUUGUUUGGACCGAUGGAUGACAAACAUCAUUGCCGCGAUUGUGGAGAGGGCUUUUGCGCGGAGUGCUCAUCGAAAACAAAAUGCGUGCCUAACAGGAAUUGGCAUUCGCCCGUUCGAGUUUGCGAUGCGUGCUACGAGAAGGAAACAAAUUCUUCCAAUGAUGAAUCUACCGAGGAACCUACCGAGGACGUCGGAGUGCGGAAAGUAACGGAGCAAGUAGUGUCUACUCUCAAUGUAGUGGGAAUUGUUUUGAAUUAUUCCAAGUCAUUCAUAAAAGAUUCCGUUCGACCGUCUUAUUGGAUACCAGAUUCGGAAGUGGUUAGUUGCUGUGUCUGCGAACGCAAAUUUGCCGAUUUCACGCUUUCGUUACAUCACUGCAGAGCCUGCGGACGCGGAGUGUGUCAAGAGUGUUCGCAACAUCGUAAACCUGUACCUCACCGAGGAUGGGAGCAUCCUGUUCGAGUAUGCAAUGCCUGCGUUGAAACUGUUUGAAGGUAGCCUUUCGAAAGAAAUAGGAUCCAAAAAUAUAGAGAUCUCAGACGAAGAGGGAAAAUAUUCACUCGGAAUAAAAUAAAAAUUACUUCAUAUUUCAUGUAAUUGCUUUUGUAAGAUAACACAAAAGUUGUACUGAUUUAAUUGCGAAUAUAGAGUAUUUUAGAUUAGAUUUAUAUCGCCAAAUUGUGCGUAGUUGUAGCUUUUUGAAAGGACUUUUUUAAUGUAAUAGAAUUUUAACUUUUUUAAAUUCCAAAUAAAAUUGUCAACUUGGUAUUUCUUAUUUUCUGUAAUAUCUUUAAUAUAACGAUGCAAAUCAUUUUACUAUGCGACAUGUAAGGAAGUUUUAUAACGAAACAUUCUAAAUACAAUAAACAUUUAUUUUUAAUAA